UUAGACUUUUGUCUUUACACGGAUUGUUUACGGUAACGGUCAAUAAUAAUGAGUGUUUACCUGCUUGUCUCGUUAGUUUUAUGCUAUCUCGUUUUGAUAAAAUGCAUUUUCUAUCGACAUCGGCGUACCUUGGAGAAGUCGUUGAAACAUCUAACGAGCUUUUCGUCGAGCAGAGAAACAAACGGCGCUGACGUCAGAGCUCUGAUUGUCACCGCGCAUCCGGAUGAUGAAUGUAUGUUCUUCGCGCCGACGAUUGUUCGACUCGUUGAGUCAAACGCCACCGUUCAUUUGCUGUGUUUAUCUGAAGGAAACUACUACAAUCAAGGAGCUCAACGUAAACAGGAACUUCUCAGCAGCUGUGCCGUGCUGGGGAUACCAGACUCCAGAGUCACCAUAGUAGACCAUAAAAAACUUCCAGACGAUCCCAGAGCAGAAUGGAGCGUCUCACUGGUCUCGUCUCUGAUUGUGAAUCACAUACGAGCUCACUCCUUCAACAUGGUGCUGACCUUCGAUGGGAGCGGAGUGAGUGGCCAUGCCAAUCACGUAGCCAUCCAUAAAGCUGUCAGCCAUCUUGCAUCCACUGGACAAGUACCCAACGACUGCUGUUUGCUCUCCCUGGUGACCGUCGGCCUCCUCAGGAAGUACAUCUCCUUCCUGGAGCUUCCUGUCAGCUGGCUGCUGCCCUCAGGCCUCCGCUGCAUUAUAGGCUCACAGGGCUACAGGCGAGCAAAGGACGCCAUGUUUUGUCACCGCACUCAACUCCUGUGGUUCCGUUACCUCUACAUCACCUUCUCUCGGUACAUGUUCGUCAACACAUUCCAAAUUAUCCCACAAGGACCAAAGAACCUAAAGAUCUAUUAAAGGUCCAGUGUGUAGGAUUUAGGGGGAUAUGCUGGCAGACAUGGAAUAAAAUAUACUAAGUAUGUUUUCUUUAUUGUAUGAUCAUCUUAAAAUAAUAAGUGUUGCAUUUACGUUGCCUUAGAAUGAGCUGUUUAUAUUGACAUAGGGAGCAGGUCCUCAUUGUUACUACAGUAGCCCAGAACAGACAAACCAACCACUGGCUCUAGAUCGUGGGGUCCACUGGGUCCAUUUGUUUUUGAGAGGAAGACACCUCUGCAGAUGAUUCAGCUCCCAGUAAAAACUUCCUGAGCAAUGAACACUGGAGGAAUCCUAACCGAGAGAGUUCACGCUUGGCACAUGGGAGAAGUUUCAGCAUGUUGCAAUCUGCGAUCUUUACUGUCAGAUGCCACUAAAUCCUACAUACUGCUCCUUUAAGUCUAUCUCACCCAGAUGCACUGAUUGUUACCCUGUUACGCUGCCUAACUACUCGAUUACUGUGGUAGCAGUGAGCUGUUUACAAAUGUGAGGAGCUGUUUUUGCUCACUAAACAAAGACUUAUUCAGUUCUCUACUGGCUAAAGUAGCCUGACAUUUUUUCUAAGCUCUCUCCGUAAAUAAGCGGAGAAUAAUUUUGAAAUUAAAAAGAAACUUGUGUGUUUGCUAGUGAAACAUCUUUAUUGUCAUUACACUGUAUAAAAACAACACUAUGGUUUGAAACAGUUGAGCUGUUUUUAGUUAUAAUGUCAAAGAUUUGUUGAAAACACUGUACAGUUUCCAGAUUAAAAAGAUUCUUACAUCG